AUGAGUCGACCCAGCAGUGGCCAUGAUGAAAAAAGGGUCAACCAAAAUGGAGACCCAGGAGCUCAUCUCUCAGUGUUUACCAAUACACACUGCUGCGCAGUGAGUAUUGGUCCUGAAACAAAACUAAUGUCCGCCUUCAAGACAGACACUAAGGCCAGGAAAGUCUGCCUAGCAGGGAGAGAGUAUUACAGCGAGGAAGGGAGGACCUUUGAACUGCGUCUUGUUAGGAAAAUAAAGCAACAGUUAUGCGCCGAUCCCACGCUUCGCCCAGAGUAUCCAUCUUCUCUUGGGCUGACGGAAUUCACCAGGCGAGCCACGGAGGUUGCUUUGGGGAAGAGCUCUCGGGCUAUAGUGGAGAACCGGGUGUUAGGUGUCCAAACACCGGGUUUUACUGCUGCUGUGCGUCUUGGGGCUGAACUCUUGAGACACUGGUACGAUUUCAGUGCUGCUUGGUGCGGGCCAGUCUACCUCUCUUCUCCUUGUGAUGACUCAUUGGCUGGUAUCUUCCAGGCAGCAGGGAUCCAAGAUAUCCGUGAGUAUUAUUACUGGGAUGACGAGCAGCGGGACGUUUGUUUGGAGAAGCUUCUGGAGGAUCUGGAGAGGGCUCCUGAGCAAAGUGUAGUCGUUCUGUCAGCGUCUGCCCAAUACCCAACCGGAGCUGAUCUCUCUCAGGAUCAAUGGGCCGUGCUUACACAACUCAUCACGAGGCGCAGGCUUUUCCCUUUCCUCUUACUCCCUGCUCAGGCGCUCCGCUAUGGAGAUUUCAAGCGGGAUGCCUGGCCUGUUCAGCACUGUGUAUCACAGGGGAUGGAGCUCCUUUGUGCUCAGUCGUUCUCCCACUGCUUUGGCCUAUACGGUGAGGCUGUAGGACAUCUCCUGUGCGUCUUAAAGCAGAGCUCCCUCCUCUUAUCUGUGCAGUCUCAAGCUGACAAAAUAGUCAGAUCACUGUGGGCCCAGUCGUCUGUAGGAGGAGCACUUGUUGUUGCCACGGUGCUCAGUAACCCAGCCCAUCUUGCUGAAUGGCAGGGAGAGGUUAAACGCAUCGUUGAGAGAUGUAUGCUGAUCAGAGACAUUUUGAGAGAAAAGCUGAGGCUUUUGGGUACUCCAGGCUGCUGGGACCACCUGACAAGACAAGGGGGACUCUACUGUUGCACAGGCUUGAAUGAUCAGCAGGUGGAAUCUCUGUCAAAGAGCAGACACGUGUACCUCCUUCCCGGCGGAUGUCUAAAUGUGAGUGCAAUCAACAGCCGUAACCUGGAAUAUAUAGCUGAGUCCAUCCAUCUGGCCCUGACCACUUCACCCUGA